CCAUUACGGUGAAUAUCGCUUCCGUAUUGUAGCUCAAACCUUAUAAAGAAUUCCCGACUGGAUGGUGCGUUCCAAACUGAUUUUGACUUGUAAUAUAAGCGAAGAUGGGAAACUGUCUUAGAAGUGUCACAUCCGAUGAUAUUUCAUUAUUGAAUGGUGGCGAUCGGUCUCCGGGGGCAGAAAGUUUGGGACCACCACCGCCGUAUCAGGAAGAAGCACCAGUUUAUUAUCCUAGUCCAAAUCAACGACGACCAGCAAAUCAAUUAACAGAGGAAGAACAAGUGAGGAUAGCACAAAGAAUUGGACUCAUACAGCAUUUACCAACUAGUAUCUAUGAUGGAAGCAAGAAAAACAGAGAAUGCGUGAUAUGCAUGUCAGAAUUUGUGUACGGAGACCCCAUACGUAUUCUUCCCUGUAUGCACAUAUAUCAUUUGGACUGUAUUGAUGACUGGCUUAUGAGAUCAUUUACAUGUCCAUCAUGUAUGGAACCCGUUGAUGCCGCCUUACUCACAUCCUAUGAUUCUACCAAUACAACAUAACUGCCAGAUGUAUCCACAAAGACAUUAAUAUAUGUACGCUAUUGGCUGGGCCAACCAUGUACUCAUAGCAAUCUUUACAUAAACUCUACAUAUUAUAAGUGAGACAAGUGAAAACAAGUAUUGGUGUUGAUGGAUUUACAAGAUUAUCAAUGCACAUGCAGUUUUUUCAGUUGCCGUCUUUUUUUUUUUACAGUGUCGACAGUGUGUUUGCAAGCAGUGGCUGCAUUUGAAAUCCAUUGUUUUUUUUCUCACUUGUCUAUUUUUAAACAAUUAUUACAAAGAGUCCGGUACUAGGAAGCUAGUGUUUAAAAUUUUGAAGAAAAUGUUGUAUUUAUUUCCAUGCAUGUAGUUUACUUUUUCUAGUGGGUGCAUAACUCUACAAUCCCCUGUGAACAGAAUGGAUUAUUCCCUUUCUAUGGAUGGAUUAUACUAUGUCAACUAAAUAGGGGGAGAAGUGUCUAAAUAUGAAUUUCAAGUUUAUGGUGCUUGAUCGAUUUUUCACUUCAACAUAAGAACAUUGCUUCAUACUGGUUCAUUAUGUGUUGUAUUCAGAGGCUACUGACAACUCACAAGUAUUCAUCCAACUGCUGAUAAUGUACAACUUUUUACUACAAUAGUCAAAAUGAAUUCUAGCUUCAGUUUAGUACCUUAUUUUAGAAAUUUACAAAAAAACUAUAAAUAUAUAUUUAUUUUAAUUCUA